GUUCCUUCUUCAGUGCAGCUUCCUUCUACCUUAAGUACACAAAGUGCUUCUCAGAGUUCGGCCCACCCGGCCAGCAAGCCCAUGGGUAACAACUUCAGUGCUACUCUGCCCUUUGGGCCCUUUAGUACGUUGUUUGAGAACAGCCCUACGUCCGCUCACGCCUUCUGGGGUGGGUCCGUCGUUUCAUCUCAGACCACGCCGGAGUCCAUGCUGUCAGCAAAGUCUUCGUUUUUGCCAAACUCAGAUCCUCUGCAUCAGUCUGACACUUCCAAAGCCCCAGGGUUCAGGCCGCCGUUACAGAGGCCAGCUCCGAGUCCCUCAGGUAUUGUCAGUAUGGAUUCUCCCUAUGCUUCUGUAACACCUUCUUCAACCCACCUGGGGAAUUUUGCCUCCAACCUUUCUGGAGGGCAGAUCUACGCACCUGGGACCCCUCUUGGCGGAGCUCCUGCAGCUGCUAAUUUUAACAGACAGCAUUUUUCCCCUCUUAGUUUGUUGCCUCCAUGUUCAUCAGCAUCAAAUGAGUCUCCUGCGCAGUCGGUGUCUUCUGGAGUCAGAGCCCCCUCUCCCACCCCCUCAGCAGUGUCCUUGGGGUCAGAAAAGCCCAGCAAUGUUUCUCAGGACAGAAAAGUUCCUGUUCCCAUCGGAACCGAACGCUCUGCACGCAUCAGGCAAACUGGAACGUCUACUCCUUCUGUCAUUGGCAGCAACUUGGCUGCUCCAGUGGGACACAGUGGGAUCUGGUCCUUCGAAGGUAUAGGUGGCAGUCAAGAUAAAGUGGACUGGUGUCACAGCGGGAUGGGGAGCCACAUGAUCCACAGGCCCAUGUCCGACCCGGGCGUGUUCUCGCACCAAGCCAUGGAGAGAGACAGCACGGGGAUCGUCGCGCCCUCCGGUACAUUCCACCAGCCUGUCCCUGCAGGGUACAUGGACUUCCCAAAGGUCGGGGGAAUGCCUUUCUCCGUGUAUGGGAACGCCAUGAUCCCUCCUGUAGCUCCCAUCACCGAUGGUACUGGAGGCCCCAUCUUCAACGGGCCUCAUGCUGCUGACCCAUCCUGGAACUCCCUGAUAAAGAUGGUCUCAAACUCCACAGAAAACAACGGGCCCCAGACGGUGUGGACUGGAACUUGGACACCUCACAUGAACAGUGUGCAUAUGAACCAACUGGGCUGAGUGGGAUCAACGUGCUGAGCCUUGAGAUUCCUUGUUUUGCAGAGGAAACCACAAGUGGCAGAAACAGUUUAUGUGCUCCCAGAUCAUUCUACUGAUGUGCUUGACUGAAGUGUGUAGGCUUUUUGCAGAAGAACUUACUAACUGACCUUUUUCUGUGAACAUUGUGACCGCCCAUUCCCCACCAUCAUACGUUUCGACUUAGUUAGCAUUUUCUUCUUUCCUUUCCUCCUCUUUUCUGUUUUUUUUUCUUUCUUUUUUUUUUUGACAUAACUUUCUGUUGAAGCUGUUCUUUGGCUGGUUGGUUUUAGUACUGUAAACUGCUUCUGAGCAAACACAGAAAUUUAGCAAAAUUAUGUAAACUUGAUCCGAAGUUUUAGAAUGGCAAAUAAAUGUACAAUUGUUUACAUAACAAAUGGCUAAGCAGAAAGUAAAUUUCAAUAUGUCAGUUAUAGAGGCUCUACUUUAUGUAGACUUAAAUUAAUGUGAGAUAUGUACCUUCAUAUUCAGAAAUCUGGAUGUUUCCUUCAUACAUUAAACUAUUAAUAAGCAUAA